UCUGUCGUUUCAACUUUUUCGGAACGACGCUUCAUCCUAUGUAGUUCAUCCUCUAGCCUCUAGAUCAUAUUACUUAGAGUGAAAUCGUUGCUCACGUCUAUCUACUGUGUAGGAAUCUGAUACUUGGUUGAUCCAGUAUUUUUCCUCAAACUUGACCACAUGCAUGACAACCACACGAUACACACAGCGACAUACACAGGCAUAGGCAUAGGCGGACCGCAACACCGGCCCUUUCUUCGCUCAGGUGGUGCCCCGUCAUCGUUGUCCGAAGGUGAUUCGACAACUAUAAAUCAGCAUGUACCGCCCAGCAAUGAGUGUAGGUUCUUCUGCCUUCUCCUUCAUCACACAUCACACAAAGCAAUGAGGUUUUCUCCAAAUCCCAGCUCUCGUUACUCUCUUCUCCUCUUCCGAUUUUUACUCUUCCUGCCGGCCUCAGUGCAACUCGCCCUAGCAGCAAGCAGGACUUCCCCUCCUACUGGAGCAGUCGUCGUCCGAGCAGGGACCACAACGUCCGGGGAAUUUGCGACAAUCACCGAGGCAUUGAAUUCGUUCCCUGAUUCGACUUCGAGCCGAAGUUUAUUCAUCUAUCCGGGGACUUAUACGGAACAGGUUGAUAUUACUCGGACGGGGCCCUUAACGAUCUAUGGCUACACGACUGACACUACCACCUACACUUCUAAUUCCGCCACAAUCACCUUCAACUCCCCUGCAAGUACCGCCGGGUCCGACGACGCUUCCGGCACACUACGGAUACAUAAAGAUAAUUUUAGCAUGUACAAUGUCAACGUCAAAAACACGUUUGGUCCUGGGGUUCAGGCUAUUGCUUUGAGUCAGUACGGGAGCCAGGUAGGGUUCUAUGGGUGUGGGUUUUAUGGGUAUCAAGACACAUUGUAUGCGAACGAGGGAACGCAGGUGUAUCUGAAGGGGUAUAUUGAAGGCGGUAUCGAUUUUAUUUUCGGUCGUGAAGGUUCGGCAUAUUUUGGUGGAAAUACCAUCGGUGUUCUAGCUGAAGGAGGAAGCAUAACUGCCAGUGGGCGCGAGACGGACGAUAGCGGAAGCUAUGUCUUCCACCAGAAUACAGUCGUCUUAGGUACUGGAGCCCCAUCUACAGUCGCCGGAACGUAUUAUUUCGGAAGGCCAUGGUCGGAUUUCGCAAAAGUCAUUUUCGAAUCUACAACCCUCGAUGUUGCUCCAAAUCCCGCAUUAUGGUCUCUGUGGGACGGUGAAGCUGACAGUAUUGAUAAUGUCUUGAACGCCGAUUACAACACUACCGGUCCCGGCGCGUCUAAUCUCGAGCGGGCGAGCUGGGCGACAGAGCUCACCAGCGCUAGUGAGGCGGCGGAGUAUUCAAUUUCUAGUGCCGUAGGUAGCGAUUGGGAGGAUUGGGUGGAUGUGAGUUAUUUCGUGUGACGUAUUGUGGAAAGGGAGGGGCGAAGUUCGUCACACAUAGGGAGCUUGUUCCGACUGCAAAGAAAAGAACUGAAGGACUAGUUUAGGAUGUCUUGGUGGUGGUCUACUAUAAUGCUACAACAUGAGACGUGUGCAGGAGAGAAAGAGAAGGCCCGUGUAAUCAUACUCAGCUGUUGAACUACUGGGAAUGUACGAGUGAGUGAAUAUCGCCGAUGAAAGAAGAAAAAAAAAGGGAAGAGAAAAAAGCGGGAAAGGGACAAGGGGGAGGGCCCAAACCUGAACCCAGCCAGAUUUGGGGAAAACCUGAGUGGUCCAAGCUCUGUCUGCAUAGGUUUGCGUAGACCAGUAGACGCCUCUUCAAAUUACAUAAUCGCCAAUAUAAGCGCUGAAUUCAUUUUCUGAA